CAAUCAUAUGAAUCGAAGAUGAAACUCUGUCCUCUCAUCUCACUCUUUCUCUCACUCAUCUCUCUUAUCCAAUCGGAGCCGACGCCAAAGCCAUGGCCGCCGCAGUUCCACUCGACGCUGAUGCUGAACACCAGCGUGGGGACGCUGCAGAUCAACGACCUCUGGUACGACUGGCCGAAUGGCCGGAACGUCAACAUCAUCUACAAGCAACUCGGAGAAAUACUGUACGAUGUGGAGUGGAACAACGGCACCUCCUACUACUACACGCUCGAUUCUACCAAGCAGUGCAGCACCGUGCAUUUUCCGGUGGGGAUUCCCCGCCCCGAUUUUCUCGACGGCGCCAACUACUUGGGGCAGCACUAUCGGGAUGGAUUCCUCUGCAAUUUGUGGGAGAAGGUUGACUUCAUUUGGUAUUAUGAGGAUGUUCUCACUCUUAGGCCUGUUGCUUUUGAUUUCUACUCAGGGAUGACGAUACAAGUGAUGACAUUCGAGGUGGGAAAAGUGCUUGAUGAGUCCAACUGGCAAGCCCCUGUUUACUGCUUUGAGGGCGCCGAUCAUCCUCUUCCCGAAUCACCUUUUGGUUUAAUGAGAUUGAGAGAUGUUUAGCUAGUGGAGCCUAGAGAUACAUAUGGGCAUCAUUUGAGGAAUUUCUACUUUUUCUUAUAUCACUAAUGUAUAUUGGGGAGAGUUUUAUUUAGAUUUCUGUUUUGUAAGAGAUGCAUAAGCGUUUCGUGUCCCAUUGCAUAUACAUAUAGGGUUAUGCAGUAA